AUGUUCAGUUCUCUUCCACCGUCACUUCAAAACCUUCAGUCUGUCGCUAUAUCAGUCUUCCCUCUUCAUCUCAUUAAGCUGCCUCCAAUGGACUGCUCUCAGAAGUUUUUGAAGACAGAAUCUAAAGUAUGUUCAAUCAAAUCAAAUAUUUCUUUGACACUUUCAGGUAACUGUUCAGAUGAGGGUUUGGUGGUCCAAGUGUCUGAAGCUCCAGGCUCUCCUGUUGUUACUGCUAAUAUAAGUGCCAAGGAAGUUGAGGGUGGACUGUUUGUGCCAAUUAUAGAUCUCAGAUGGAUCCAAUUGUCUGAUAGUUGUAUUUACUCCCUCAAAGGGACUGAAGUCCGUGUGGUGGAAAUGGCAACAAAUCACAGUGUUUGUGUUCGGUAUGUUUUUAGUAAGACAUUAUCAUCAACAAAAGACCCGAGGGGUGAUAUGUGGACUUUUUCUUUGGACAGGAUUGUGGUGAUUCCCGACUUUACAUAUCAGGUUUUUGUAACCAAUUUACCAAAAACUGAUUUAAGAAACACUAUGACAGUAACCAACAUAACAGUUCCAGAGAGAAUUUGGGCUACGAAGGUAAAAUGGUCAGUGAAAAAAUAUAAGAAUGAUAUCUUGGUAAUGACCAUAGAAUUUGAACCAGGAGAGUUUUCUGACCAAUACAAAGUGUCCAUCUGCAGUCCUGACCUUCACCCGGAAACAUCUCAGGACGUCAUAAAGGAUAAUGGGACAUUAAUGAUGGUUAAAUUCACUCUGGAAGCUUGGAAGAUAAAGCACUGCAAUUUGGAACUGGUGAUUCACCCACUGUCAGUUGAAAGCAUGAAGAACUGUCUGGAUUACAGAGAGAACGUUGAUAUCUGUCGCUUUCUUCCAGAUACGCCUGUUGUUUUUAUUAGUUUGCUGACCCUUGGGCUGUUGAUAGUCAUACUGGCAACAGUUUGUUGCUGUGUUGCAUUGUUGCAGAAAAGGGAUUCAAACAAAGAAACGCCAUCCUCAGACACCUCCACCUGUUCGAAGAAUAAACUGGAGAUGAAUCCUGUUCAACAAGAGCAUACGAAGCUCAUCAUCAUCUACUCUCUGGAUCAUCCCCUGUACAAAGAGAUCGUCUUGAAGUUAUGUGCCUUCCUCAGGGCUAAAUGUGGCACAGACGUCACCCUGGAUCUUCUCGACUCCACCUGGCUCAGCACAAUCGGCAGAAUUCAAUGGCUGGAUAUGCAAAGGGAACGAAUCUCCAAGUCCUCCGAUAAAGUCCUGAUCCUGUGCUCUCCGGGAGUGCAUGCGAAGUGGAAGUCAAUGUGCGGUAAACACCAAGUAAGACUAAAAGAGGACGAACGUUCACCAAUGGGAGAUAUGCUCACUCCAGCUUUGAGCCUCAUUAUACCGGAUUUUGUUCACGCUUCAUCUUUCAACAAAUACAUUGUGGCUUAUUUUGAUGACGUUUGCAGCGAGGGUGAUGUUCCAGCACCUUUUAAUGUUCUGGUGAAGUACAAGCUCAUGAAGCACUUUGAGGAACUUUACUUCCGGAUCCUAGACAUGGAAAAACACGAGCCAGGGCGGAUUAAAUGUAUUGAAGGCAUCAGGGAGAAUGAUUACUUCAGCUGUCCAUCAGGACGAGCCCUUCGGGAUGCAAUUGAAGAGUUUCAAAACUACCAGGUGAAGAAUCCAAACUGGUUUGAAAUGGAGCUUCUGGACUCUGAUGAUGAUAAUGAAGAGGAAAGUAUCAUGGAAUUGAUGUGUCCUACUGAUGUUAAAUGUAAUCCAUAUCAGCUGAUUGAAGAGUAUAAACCUCAUAUGUUUGUCAACGUGAUUCAGAUUGAUGAAGACGUUUUUAAAAAUUCUUCCAUUGCAGAGACGGCCGUAAUAUUGAGUGAGCAUUCUUCAGUUUCCACUACAGGUGUUCAUUCCAGUGGUCCAGGAUUGAGUAGCUUGACGACUGUUGAUGUGAAGGGUUUACCAGCAACUAAACCUGUGGCACAGCAUGCUUUAUGCUUACAGGCUCUGUAAAUGCCUCUGAAUUUUUAGCUGUAAAUAAUCAGUAGUGUUCUGGGUAAAGCAUUACAAGUUAUGUAAUCAGCAGUGGUGAAAAGAGUACUGACAUAUUAUACUCAAGUAAAAGUACCAUUACUUGCCCAUAAAUGUAGUGCAAGAAGAGUAAAAGUAUCUGAUGUAAAUAUUACUCAAACUAUGAGUAAAAAGUAGACCUUUAAAAAGUACUCAAGAGUAGUGAGUAGAGAGUAUUAAACUGUAAAAAGCUGAUGCAUUUAAGCUGAUGUAAUUUGUGUGUGUGUGUAAACGUAACAUUCUGUAGUGCAUUUAGUUAUAGUUAAGGCCGUUUCUGUCACCAUACAGUAAACAUCCAUCUUCUCAUCAGUAGCAUGCAUCUAAACAGUCUCUGGGUCAAUGAGUGUAAAGAAUUUGAGUUGACAGUUGAUGGGUCAGUCUUAUCACCAUCUCCACAGGUACGUAAUCUUGGUGUUCUCCUUGACUCUCAGCUUAGUCUGAAGCCUCAUUUUAAACAUUUAACUAAAACUGCCUUUUAUCAUCUUCGAAAUAUAACCCACAUACUGUACGUCCUUUCCUCUCGAGGCCUGAUGCUGAAAGACUUGUCCAUGCUUUUAUCACGUCUCGCUUUGAUUUUUGCAAUUCUCUGUUUGGAGGGUUACCAAUAAUAAUCAAAAGUAAUUCUCUCAAGAUUUUACAAUACAUCCAAAAUUCUGAUGCGUGUGUGUUGACACAUACAUCAUCUUAGUCUCAUAUCACUCCUGUACUCCAACAGCUUCACUGGCUACCCAUCAAGUCUAGUAUCGAUUUUAAGACAUUGAUUUUAGCAUAUAAAGCGGUUCAUGGUUGUGCUCCGGGUUACAUUUGUGACUUGAUAUCCAUUUCCUCUGCCUCUCGCUGUCUACGCUCUGCCUCGGGUCCUACGCUGUUUCAGCCUCUUUGCAAACUCAGCACCAUGGGAAGUAGGGCGUUCUCUUUCCGUGGACCCAAACUGUGGAAUGCUGUUCCCACAAACAUUAGGAAUGCUGGUUCCUUGGACUGUUUUAAGAAGCUACUUAAAACUCAUCUUUUUAAGUGUGAUAUGUCUUUUAUUCUUACUGUGUUGUUUAUUGUAUUUUUUAUUGUUUUACUGUGCUUUGUUGUUUUUACUUUCUUGUAAGCGCUUUGGGUCUUAGAAAAGCGCGUAAUAAAUAAAAUGUAUUAUUUUGUAUUAUUUUGGACAUUUUCUUGGACACUUUCAAUGCUUCCAAACAGUUUGUUGCAUUUAUAAAGCGCCCAUGUCUUGAGGUUGUUCAUUAUGAUGCAAUUUACCUUCUAUGUGCGAUUUGAUUGGACAAGAAUCACAGGACUGAUUUUUCUAAUCCCCAUAGACAGGAAAAAAUAAAGUAGUGACUGCAGGUUGAAGGAAAGGAGUGAAGUAAAAGUACUGAUACUGCACAAAAAAUGUACUCAAGGGAAAGUAAAAGUACACAUUUUUAAAACUAUUUAGUAAGUUACAAUUCCUGGGAAAAACUAUUGAAUUACAGCAAUUUGAGUAUUUGUAAUUUGUUACUUUACACCACUGGUAAUCGGAUUACAUUUUUACGUAGUA